AUGCCACCCGAUCUCAACAACGUCGCCGACGCGGUGCGAGCCUUCUUCCACAUCGUCAAGCGGGCGUGCACGUCCCUGGAGAAGAUACUCGUGAGGGGCGAGUUCGAUGAGUACCCCGACGACCGCCACUUCCACGGCACAGCGCGUAUCGCUGAGAUGCUCAACGCUUACGCGAAGAAGCUGCCGGCGGAGUGCCCGCGGCGCGGCGGCGACCUGUUCCUGAUGGAGGAGGUGCACGUCCUGGAGGAGACAACGGGCAUCAAGCUCCCCGACUUCCUCCCAAGGUCGGCCUUCCUCGUCAUGCUCAAGAAAAAGGUGGAGACCGUCGUGCAGAUGCCGCACGACCUCGUCCGCGAGGUCUGGGACUACGUCGAGGACCUGACGGUGAAGGUACUGCUGCAUCACUUGGAGGACUUCCCACAGGUGCAGCCGUCGUGCCGCCGAGCCGUGCAGAGCCUCAUGGACAAGGCACGAGCGCAGUCGGCGCGGCACGUCAAGGAGCUGAUCGAGAUGGAGCUGGUGGCCGACUACACAUCCAACCCCGACUACACCAAGACGUGGUCCGAGCUCAUGGAGGGCCACGGCAAGUUCAUGGAGGCCGUCAAGGACCACUCGCAGCCCUCUUCCCUCACACUGAAGGGCUUUGGGAGGGUGGAGGUGGCGCACAUGAGGAUACACGACGACCUGGCCGGGCAGGCGUUCGACCUACGGGCUCGCCUGGCCGCGUACUGGAGGAGCAUCGUGCUCCGCCUCGUGGAUGGGCUGGCGCUGCACGUCCUCCGCGGCGUCAAGCGUCUGGUUGCUUAG